GCCACCGAGAGCUCAGGCUUGGAGGAAGCUCAGUGUGAAAUGUGAACGACGGAAAUCGUUAAUGGUGAAGGAGCAGAACUUCAGGAUGCCUCUGGACUUCCAGCGUCGCGUUUACUUCUGUUUUGUGAUCAUGUCAUCCAUACGAACGUCAAUCGCUCAUUCGCAUUACAAUACCCCUGAACUGAUGAAAGAUGACAAUCAGGUUCCACCGACACUGGAGCACUUAGAGGAGGCUUUUGAAGAGCAAGGCUACUAUCUGCAGCGUCUUUUCCUGGAGUACGGCAGCAACGGCACUCUGACCUAUGAAGGCCUGCAGAAGUUACUGGGCAGCCUGGGACUAGGUGAGGUCAGCGUCCUGGAGAUUAGACAUGGCGUGGUGAAACAUUCCCCACUCAGCAUGGCUCAUGUUCACCAGCACUUGAAAGAAGAUCAUCAUCAUCAUGAUCCCGAUGACUAUCAUCAUCCUCAUCCUCAGCCCUUGAGCACCGUACAAUCAAACAAUGUCUAUGAGCCUGAGACUUUUCAUGAAAAAGCAGAAACAUCCACAAACGAAGUCAAAGUUGCGGAGCGUGGAUCUUCAGGACGGAGAGACGAUUUGCGACCCACAGCGUCACUUGUCUCUGAAAAAUCAUUAUUGUUCUCUGAUCAUCCGACAAAGAACCAUCUCCAUGAGAAUUGUUUAAAUGUCACACAGCUGCUGUGGAACUUUGGCUUGGAUCAUGCGUCUCACAUCACCCCGGCUCACUUCACCUUCCUGUGUCCCGCUCUGCUGUAUCAGAUAGACAGCGGCGUGUGUCUUCGCCACACAGAUCCCGAAACGCAGGGAGCCGAGAAUAGAGUGGCCUUUCUCAGAGCUCUAGGUUGGGCCUCCGUGGCACUGCUAGCAAUCAGUCUGCCAUCCCUCGUUGCCCUCGGACUGACUCCCCUGAUCCCUCCCACUGCCCUCCGGACCUUUCUGUGCCCCAUGGCGGCCAUGGCGGUGGGCACUCUAUGUGGAGACGCCCUUCUGCAUCUACUGCCUCAUGCGAACUCUGGGCCACACAGCCAUCACCUGGAUGCGGUGCUAAAGGGCUUAAGUGUGCUCGGUGGGCUUUACCUGCUCUUCGUGUUUGAGAGUUUGCUUGGUCUCAGGCAGAGCUAUAAGAAAUCAAAGAAAAGAAAGGAGAAUGCAGCAGAGGCCGGGGAGAUGACGACAUUGCAGGGUUGCGCUGCUCCUGAGCACUCUGUGAACCCUGAGUCGGGUCACGGUCAUUCACACGCACCACCAAAUCAAAGCUCCUCCAGCCUCAGCACCAUCGCCUGGAUGGUCAUCAUGGGAGACGGAAUCCACAACCUUACUGACGGAUUAGCGAUCGGUGUGGCAUUUUCUCAGAGCCUGACUGGAGGACUUAGUACAACUAUUGCUGUCUUCUGCCAUGAGCUUCCUCAUGAGCUGGGUGAUCUGGCCGUGUUGCUGGCUGCAGCUUGGCCUGUACGCAGACUGGCACUCUUCAGCUUGCUCUCAGCCUUGCUGGGGUACGUGGGAGUGCUGAUUGGCACAGUACUGGGGCACCAGUGGGCACAGCAUUCACCCUGGAUCCUCACACUCACCGCUGGAGUCUUUCUCUAUGUCGCACUGACUGACAUGAUGCCCGAAAUGCUGCACGGAGAUCGAGGUUCAUUGAGUCCUCUCAGCUCUUUCCUCCUACAGAGCGUCGGCUUGCUCACUGGAGGCGCCAUCAUGCUGUGCAUCGCUCUCUUUGAGGAGAACAUCAGCAUUAGUUUAGGUGAUGGGUGAGAGUCAGAAAAUAGUGUAUGUGAAACCAUAGAGCAGCACCGAACCUUGCUAAAAUGGACAGACGUUUUGGAACAUGGGAUUGUGCCUGAAAGGACGGUACAGGAAAAAGGAAUGCUGCUUCAACCAGACUCAACAAUCUUUUUACUGAUUUGACUACAUGCAGCUUCAGGGAAUUUUUUUAAAAGCUAAUUCUGGUGUAGCAUUCUUUUGAUAUCAAUGAGAAAGGUUGUUCUGUCACUCCGAGUUUCUGAGUUUUAUAUAACUUAUAAAACUUUUAUAAUAUAGAUUUGAAUUGUGAAGUUUUAAUGAAUUUGUAAUUUAUUUGUAAGUUAUCACUGAUUAAAACUGUCUUGUGUGUGA